AUGCAGCAAGUACUUGAUCAACAAACAACAUCAAACUCAAUAUCAUCUUCAUCAACAUCUCUUAAUAUAAUUAAUACUAGUGAUAUCAAAUCAACGGAUACAAUCAGUAUAGAUGAAUUAAAUGACAGCGAAGAAACAGAUGAUCGUGAUUUGGAAGUAUACUCAUGGUGUCAAAUGCUUGAUGAAGCGCGAAAUAUUCUUGAAAAUUCAUCAAUUUCUUCUGCUACAUCAACUUCUUCGACAGUAUCUGAUUCUGCAUCAAUUUGGGUUUAG